AUGUAUCUCGUCGUUGUCGUCGUCUCGCUCCUCUUGCUCCGCGCAUCGCAGCCGUCCGUCAUGGCGCAGAUGCCGUCCAACAUGCCAGGCGGGCAGAUUGGCGGCGAGGCGGGUAUCGAGCGAGCCAUGUCUCUUUUCCGAGUGAGUUCCGCUCGCUCGCUCGCUCCCGUCUGCACACAGCGUGCUGCGAUGAUGGCGGGAUGCAUGGAAGAGCGUAGCAUAUGGGAGGAGGCCUACGGAUUGCAACCCGACAACCACAUGCCGCUCUCAUGCUCCCUCCCUUCGCACCCCACCUUGCUCCCUCAGAUAUGGGAGGAGGCCUACGGAUUGAACCAUGACAUAUGGGAGGAGGCGUACGGAUUGAAACAAGACAUCCACUUGCCGCCCGCAAAAAUCACCUUGCCGGACAUCGUGCCGCGCGCGCCGCACCUGGAGGACUGCGAGGCGCUGACAUCGGCGAGGAGGGAGUCGGAGAGACGCGGAGGGGACGGGCAGCCUCCUCUGUGGGCGCGGCGUGUUGAUAACUGCUCCUCCGAGUGCAACCCGCAACCACCAUGGGUUCGUGGGUCCGAUGCGGACAACCUGCCACUGACGCGCGUGGUACAGCGGGAUCUGUGGGAGCACCAGCUGUUUCCCGGCAGCUGCGACGGCAAGCGCGUGCUCGUCGUGCCGUGGCCCGACAAGACCCACCACGGCGUGGGUUCCCAGAUACACGUGAUGAGCACGUUUCUGAGCCUGGCCCUGAUUCACAACCGCACACUCGUGCCCGCGCCUGGCUCGUACGACCGAGCAUUCACAGAGACAUGCAACUCCACAAGCACGGGCGGGGCGUGGGGUUGCUACUUCUUCCCCAUAGUGAAUCCUGACUGUGAGCGAUUAGUCACAGAUACGACAGCCAACAACACCAUGCCCUCCCUCUCCUCCGACAAGGUGGGCCACAAUCGCCUGGCUGCCUCGGCCGACCCUGUGGUGCAUCUCAACUCAAGCUGCGACAGCCAGAUGAAGUUUGAGGCCCGCGCUGCCACGCUCUGGGGCGAUGCGUACGCGAGGGCCCCGAAUGUGGUGGACUAUAUGGGGGAGCAGCCGCCCGUUGACGACAAACACUCAAUGGUGCACUGGUGGCGAUCCCAGUCAACACGCUUCAUGAUGCGCUGGCCCUCACCCCACACGUGCCACCAAACCAACAAGGAGCGCCACACAGCCUACGGCCUCCACACCGCAUCCCACCUGUCUCGAUACACCGAAACCCAGUCCGAGAUCAUUCGGGCCGUUGCAGGCAACGCGUCCGAAGCACCCGAAUCCAAGAAACUUGCCGAGAUUUCCGCGGGCCCUCCGGGGCCCAUCGAGGGGCAAGUGUGGGCUGUCCGGGGGUUCGCGGGGUGUGAUGAGACUUGCAUGGGUGCAGCGGAUGCCAAGGCGAUACGGGAGACGUACGCAGCGGUGGGAGGGGAGCCGUUUGUGGUGCGGCUGAUUGUGAGUGUGCACGUGCGGCAGAGUGACAAGGGCACUGAGAUGCGCCUGUCUCCGCUCGCCACACACAUGUUCUUUGUGCACCGGCUGCGGCGCCAUGUGCCGGACCUGCGAUACGUGUGGCUCAACACAGAGAUGGAGUCCGUGAUCAAAGAAUCAGCCUUGUACCUCGACUGGAAGUUUCUUUACUCGUCCAACUCGCGCCAACCCAUGGACUCCAGGUCGGGCCGCGAGUACGAGCUCAAGCAGUCGGUUACAGCGAGUUUCGCGAGUGUUAUUAUCGCGUCGCAGUGCGACUACUUUGUGGGUGCGCUCGGGUCUAAUUGGAGCAGAUUAAUGAACGAACUGCGCUCGACGAAUGGCAGGUUGCUUAGCGGCUUUUAUACAGUCAACAUGGGGGACUGGUAG